AGUCUGGAGGAGGGGCGAUUUACUAUGCAGCUAUAAGCUUCUUUGUUGAAGAGGAACCAGCAUCUGCACAUCUGCACAGAAAUACACAUCGCAUUUCCCGGGAGUAACUUUCCUGUCCACUACGAAAAACUCCACUGAAAUAGGAGAAACGUCGUCAGCGCUGAGAUUUCCAGGGAAUAACAAAGGAUCAAGACGCACCACCAUGGAAUUUUUUGUAUUCCUCAGUGCAGUAUUGACUAGACUUCUCUUCUUUCUUCACUCAUUAGUUGGAGUUUGGAGAGUCACUGAAAUUAAACGUAACCCUAUGUACUGGCUGCUGGCUCUGUUGAACCUUUUACUGUGCAUUGAGACUGUGCUGACAUUGAAACUUAGGAAAGGAAGAGGGCUUAAAUGGUUUUCACCUCCUAUAUUCUGUUAUUUGGUAAGCAUUGUGCCAUCUCUGUGGCUUCUUGAAAUAAACCAUGAUCAUCAGGAAUGUGUUAACAGUAACAAAUCGCUGGACAUUAAUGGAACAGCAAGCGGUGACAUAUUAAGCCAGGCCAAUAAAUUAAUUUCAUCAAUCUGUCAAUCAGCCUGGACGCUAGGAUUACAUCAGACGUUUCUUUUGCUUUUGAUUAUUGGAAGAUGGUUCUUGCCAAUCGGAGCAGGAAUAACCCGCGAUCAGCUGUCUCAACUUCUCCUAAUGUUUGUGGGCACGGCUGCAGAUAUUUUGGAAUUCACUAGCGAGACAAUGGAAGUAGUUGUCGUAAGAGAAAACAUCAUAUUGAUUUACUCAAUCCUUGCUAUAUGGACAUGGAGCAUGUUACAGUUCCCACUUGAUCUGGCUGUACAAAAUAUUGGAUGCCACCAAGGAUCAUCCUCCAAGAGGCGCCUUUGUUUACUGUUCUGUAGAUACAGUGCAGACCUUUGGAACAUUGGAAUAACUCUACUCAUUCAAGAUGGUCCUUUUCUCAUAUGCCGUAUCAUCCUAAUGGCCUAUUUUGGUGUGGUUAACCAAAUGCUGGUGUUUUUUGCUGCCAAAAAUGCCCUGGUUGUCAUGUUACAGCUUUAUCGUCUUAUAGUAUUGUUAAUAGACUUCCAGUCUUCUUUUGAAAAUAAUGACAAAAAAGCUAGAAUUGAGGACAGCUGCUGUGCGUGUGAAUCCACCGAUAAUCAAGAAGAAGUAAUCAGCAGUGUUGAUAUUGAAACAAGGAGCACCGAGAACAACAGUACAGCUAUUACUCUUGAUGAACCAGAAGGACAGUUGUAAAGUUUGUAUGCAUUUUGUGUGCAUCUUCUGAAUUCUUGUAAAGUGUACACUGCACAUGAAACACUCUCAUUAAUGAGUGAUAGCUCUGUUGGUACAUCAACUAAAAUCUCCAGCAUUUUAAAGGGGUUUUCAACAUUUCUAUAAUGUGACGUCAUGCUAAUGUCUUCAUUUGCAAAGACUUUUUAUGUGAAAUCAUGCAUUCAACCUGUCAUUUCAUUUAAAAAAAAAUCUUUUGACGACCCCUUUGGUGUGCUGGUAAUGCCUUAGAAAUUUGUCUUCUAAUUUCUUCACUACUUACCUUUUAUGAUGGAGCAUGCUCAUGAAUUCUGUUCAUACAUGGCAUUUACUGUAAUAAAUACGUACUGUUAGAUAAAGAUAUUUAAAGAAAAUACAAACCAAAACCCACUGAUGUUCUCUUGAGUAAACAUUUUGUUCCUAUGAACUCACUGUGUGGUCAGAAUAUUUUGGAAAUAAAAAUGUGAACUUUA